GCAGGCCUGGCUUAGCCACACUCAGGGUACUUAGCCAUGAAGUACCCUCUGGUGCCGCUGGUGAACGACCUCACAUUUUCUUUCCUGGUGUUCUGGCUCUGGCUGCCCGUGAGCUUGCUGUUGGUCCUGCUGAUCGUCUGGCUCCGCUUCUUACUGAGCCAAGAUUCAGAGGACAAUGAUUCAGAUGUAUGCUUUGACUGGGAGCCCUGGAGCAAAGCCCCAGCCCAGUUUUGCUGGGAGGGGACACUCCAUAGCUAAAAGGAGUAGAGGUCCUGCCUGUGAGCCUUCUGUUCAGCCAGCCUGGCUUUCCUGGAGUCAGCGGAGUGGUGGCAGUAACCGAGCUGGAUGGGAAAGACUUGCCGAUGAGGGAAGAAGACUCUGGCGAAUGUGGUGCUUCCCGGGGGCCCCCCGACUCCGCUCCUCCACCGACGGACUCAGGAAAGCCUCCAGAGGACCCAGCUCUUUCCCACUACAGAGGACUUCCCAGGGUCCCUGGGGAGGAGCCUGAGCCUGUGAGGAUGGGAUAGAUAAACAGGCAUGUGGGGAAAAUUUGACCAUGUGAACUCAGAGGAGGUCCUAGGAUACAGCUGGGCCAAAAGGUGUGGGUCCAUAUUAAAGAAACGAGGAGUUUCCUGUGCUCAGGAGACCCCUGACAAGUCCACUGGGCCUGGCCAGAGCCAUUCAUUUAAUAAGCUGUGGGGUCUGGGCCCAACCUCUGGCACUGACUCCCCAUGUCCUUGACCUUCUUUGGGAAUGUUUGACUUUCUCCCAUCCUUUCAAAGGGUUGGGGGAUUCUUGCUCCCAGCUCCCGUUCUGUAAUUUCACACUCCUGGAUUCGCCUUUAGGUUGACUUUAAUAACAAAUACUCAUUUUGUAACAACAGAGCAGCUACCAUAUGCUAGUAUAAAAUUAACUCACCUUUCAUGAGCACCCACUGUGUACCAGGCACUUUUCCAUGGGCUUUAUACAGGGGUUUUAACCCUCACAAGAAUUCUAUGAGGUAGGGUCUUUGGUUAUCCCUGUUUCAUAGGAGGGGAGAAUGAGGCACAGAAUGACCAAGUGUCUGGCUUGGAGCCACGCCAGUGGAGUUGGGCUUUGAGCCAAGACCCUGACUCCCUUGUGCCACAUCUCACCCAGUGUGGGAUGGGGGCAGGGUGCAGGCAAGGAAGUGCUCUCUCCUUUGCAGAAAUCCCCUGUCCUUACGUCCUCACUAGCUUCCCAGGGGCAGCAGUGUUGAUGGCAGGAGAAGGGGACAGGCCCUCCUGGUGUCCCCUCCUCUGCCACCUCAGAUCCUACCAGUCAGGAGUAUGAAUUAUUAGCUCGUCUGGAGUUUGGUCUCCCCAGCUCUGCUUUUUCUGCCCUGUCAGACGGUCCAUCCAAGGCACAAAGUAGAACAUAUCUUUCCUGCUUCAAGCCCUCUAUAGCUCCCUAUUGUCCUAGGGCUAAAGUCUUGAGUUCCUUGUGUGGUACAGAGGGCUGCCCUUUGGGAGCUGAGCCCCACUAAAUUUGUAGGACAAGGUUUCUGUUCCUAACGACAAUGGGAACAUCCUUGAACUUUUAUCUUGGUAUACAAGUGCGCUUCUAUCGAGAGGAUAAAUUCUGGGAGAAGUUGUUGAGUUUGAGACCUAUGUGUUUACAUUUUGCAGAUGUUGCUAAAUUGCCCCACUAUAUGGUAACUCCGAGGGUGUACAUUACGUACCUUUCCCCCCGGCCUUUGCCCUACUGUACAGGUACUCCUAACACACACAUAUUCUCCCCCAUCCUCUCACCCCACCCCACCUCUCCCUCCACACAUGCCUUGUUCUAGCUGAUGAGAUUUUGGCAACAUGUGUUUUCCUGGGAGCUUUCCUGGCACUGAAAUAAACACUUUUGGUAACAUACA